AUGGCUGUGUUGGGCCGCGUGUGGGCCGAGGCGUUCGGCUGGUUGCAGAGUCCGGCCGCAGUGGUGCUGGUGGCGCUGGCGGCGGCGGCGGUGCUGUACCGCCGGCGGCGCGCCCGGCUGGUGUCCCUCAUACAGCGCAUCCCGGGGCCGCCCGCGCUGCCCAUCAUCGGCAACGCCGUCGAAAUCAACGUGGAGCACGACGAACUCUUCGCCCGCCUGACGGGCACGACGAGGAUGUGGGGCCAGAAGUCUGGAGUGAACAAGGCGUGGCACGGAUCGCGGCCAUAUGUCCAGCUGUUCCAGCCAGAGGUGGUCGAGCCCAUCCUGAACAGCAACAAGCACAUCGAGAAGAGCGGAGACUACGUGUACCUGCAGCCUUGGCUCGGGACUGGUCUGCUCACCAGCGGGGGCAGCAAGUGGCACGAGCGGCGCAAGCUGCUGACGCCGGCCUUCCACUUCCGCAUCCUGGACGACUUCGUGGACGUGUUCGCCGAGCAGAGCGCGCUGCUGGUUCGCCGCCUCGCCGCCGAGGAGGGCGGCCAGCCCUUCAACGCCUUCCCCUACGUCACCCUCUGCACGCUCGACAUCAUCUGCGAGACGGCGAUGGGGCGAAACGUGAACGCCCAAGCAGACAGCGAAUCCGAGUACGUGCGAGCCGUCUACGAGAUUGGGUCUAUUGUGCAGAGCAGACAAGCUAAGAUGUGGCUACAGCCAGACUGGAUCUUCAGGCUGACGUCUUUAUAUAAGAAGCACGAGAAAUGUAUCGAAAUUCUUCACGGUUUCUCCAAUAAGGUGAUAAUGGAGAGGAAGGAGGAGAUACGCCUUCAAAAAGAAAGACAGAAGAAGCCUACGGAAUAUCAGACCAGCUACUCCGUGGGAUAUGGUAUGAAAAAACGGUUGGCGUUCUUGGACUUGCUGAUAGAGUACUCCAAGGACGGCACGGUGCUCACCAACGAGGACAUCAGGGAAGAAGUCGAUACCUUCAUGUUCGAGGGCCAUGACACAACAUCUGCCGCCAUAUGUUGGUCGCUGUAUCUCAUUGGAAGCCAUCCUGAUGUACAGGAGAAAGUGGUGGCGGAACUGGAGGAAAUCUUCGCGGGCUCAGACCGACGGCCGACGAUGCGGGAUCUGGUGUCCAUGAGGUACCUGGAGUGCUGCAUCAAGGAGGCGCUGCGGCUCUACCCCAGUGUACCGCUGCUCGCGCGACAGCUCACCGAAGACGUGCAGCUGGGCAGCUACCAGGUGCCGGCGGGCACGACGGCGCUGGUGGUGACGUACAUGCUGCACCGAGACCCGCGAUGCUUCCCGCAGCCCGAGCGUUUCCUGCCAGAGCGCUUCCUGCCGGAGAACUCGACGGGCAGGCACCCCUAUGCCUACAUACCCUUCAGCGCCGGACCGCGCAACUGCAUCGGUCAGAAGUUCGCCAUACUGGAGGAAAAGGCGGUGAUCUCUACGGUGCUGCGGCACUAUCGCGUGGAAGCGGUGGACCGCCGCGAAGACCUGACUCUGCUGGGCGAACUCAUCCUGCGGCCCAAGGACGGUCUGCGCCUGCGCAUCGAACGCCGCCUCUGA